CUAUUUCGCGCCUUCCGUAUACUUUUUUGCCGUGGAGUUUGUUUCUGCUGUUGUUUCUGCUUCAGAAGUUUCUGAAUAGUUUGAAACGCUGAGAGCUAUGGUUCCAGCCACGUAGUUAACAGGUCUGAGCACGCGUAGCCAUUGCGUUGCUCCGGUAGAGACGUAAACGGCUAGGCAGUUUGCUUGUGGUUUGCUGUCAUGUAUUUUCUGGCAGCUACGCGCAAGAUAGGCGAUCGGCACUACUGAAGAGGUUUUUGCAAACACAAGCGCCGUCCAGGAUUUCGGAAAGUGCAGCGACAUGGUGCAGUGCUGCGUACCGUUUUGCAAGUCGACACCAGGCCCAUCAAAGACUUGCUCGUUUCACGAGUUUCCCGUCACGAUGGUUCGUUUCGAAUGGCUACGACGGAUCGCCCGCAAAGCCACUGGCACAAGCAACGAGCCAUGGCGGCCAAGUGAUCGAAGCAAAGUAUGCAGCCUGCAUUUCCGUGAGGAGGACUUCCGCCGGGACCUCAAAAAGCGGCGUCUCCUUCCGAAUGCCGUGCCAUCCAUAUUCCCAGGAUACCCCCCCGAGAUGCAGCAGACACGUCGCCUGUCAUCGCCGCAAAAGAGCAAGAGUCCUGUGCGCAAGGAUGUGCCGCAGCAGCUGGCAAAAAGUUCGGGGACUGAGGAACGUGUCGCUAAGUCACGGCGGGGACGCAAGAGAAUACGGUUGGCGAGUGCUACAUCAAGCAUUUUGACAGAGAAUGCUCAAGGAACAGGUGAAGUCUCGAGUGCUGUGGAUCAGCACAAAGCAGAGGAGCUAGCAUCAGGCAAUAUAGUGACUGCCACCUCAUUGACUGCUACUAACAGGAAAUCGAAAAGAGUUGCUCAGAAUUCACAAUCCAGAGCGGUGCACACAAAAGGUGUCGGGAUUUCAGAGCCAGUCCAGGGGUUGGUGGUGUCUUCUGCUUCUGUGCCAACUGCUUCAGCUGUUAUGGGACAGCACAUCCAAAGUGUGCCUUCGGCAUCGAGUGCAGUGCCUUGUACAGAGAAGCCAGUUGCAGAUGCACCCACAUCAAAGGUGGUUGAUCAAGAGGGAAUCGCAGGUAAAAUGGUGACACAGGAUAAGUUGGCACACUCGGGUGUGACCACUGGUGUCACACCGGCGUCGCCACCAAUUGUGACCUCCACGAGCACACCACCAGCAUGUGCAACAUCAAGGCCGGCAGUGGAGCCUGGGAAACGUUUGGUGCGAUUGGCAGACAGUUCCACAGCCAGAAUGCCUUCCUGUAAGCGAAAACUGGUGGCAGUUGUGCCUCCAGGUGUUAAACCGGAAGCACUGAAACGAUUGUUGCUGAGUUCCAAGCUCUUAUCAAAUGCUGUAUCAAGUUGUGCAACCCCGCUAACAAGCAGGUCAGUGAAUGCGAGUGAAAGCAAGAUAGUGGCAACGUGCUCAUCAGCAGCUACUACUGACACAGUAAAACCAGUCUGUUUGAAGACACCGAAGCACGCAGUGAUAGCAAGCAGAGUGGUGAAUGCGAGAAGGUCUUCAAGUGGUGUUACACCUGUGGUAGAGCGAGUUGCUGCAUGUAAGGCAGCUCAAUCGAGUUCUCUUAUGACUGCGAAGUGUUUAGGCAGGUCGAGGCAUUCAGUGAGUUCAUACCUAACAUCUGCUGGCAGUUCGAAGGCCCUGAGCCAGCUCUUGACUCCUGACAAGAUGGUAACUGCAAGCCAUCCAGAAACAGGUGGCAAGCUCCAUGUGCGUACGGUGGCGUCACAGACACGGCUCAAUAGGCCACGGCUGCGGCACUUGUGUCAGCGUCUCAAGACGCUACAGCGAAAGUGUCUCAAGCUGCAGACCCACAAGCGACACCUACAACAGGAGCUGUCUUCUGCACGACAGGAGGCCAAGCGUGCCCAGACCCUCAUCAAGGAGCUGCGCCUCACCCAGUUCCAGGAAGGAGUGACCAGUGGUGAUGCCCGCUGCCUUUUCCUAGAGGAGCAGCUCCGUUGUCUGGGCCAGACCAAGCACCGGUGGCGAGAGGAGACACUGCAGUGCUGCCUCCUGUGGCACACGCUGUCCCCACGUGGCUACCGCCUCAUAUCUCAAUCUGGGCUGCUCUUGCUGCCUAGUUGUUCCACUUUGAAGCGCCACGUUGAUGCGAUUGGUGAUGGUGUUGCUUCGUUAAGGGAACCACCUUCUCCCACCGGAGACACAAUGCCCAGCAUCGAGGACAUAGACGACAUUCACCAGCUCCCUGACAUUGUAGACUUCCAUUUAACGGAGCCAGGAACGGAUGCAGUAUCAGAUGGUGCAGGGGAGGUAGGUCCGUGUACCGAUGCUGAUAACACUGCUAAAGUGAAUUUGUCUGCUGAGACUGCAGCGCAGGAUAGUAGUGUCAGCUGUGCGAGUCCUGGCCUGCAAGCAGAAGGAACAGUAUCUUCCACGGAAGAUGCAUCCUUGGUUGCGGGCUCAGAAAGUGCCCAGGCUUCUCCAAGCGGGAAAGACUCCUUGGCUCACCAUGGCAUCAUGAACAGAUUCAAGCUGCUUGCAGAAAAUCCUUUAGCACAGGAGGGUGAGCAGGUGGUACAGGUGAUUUACACGAAACCAUCGGACAUCUUGGAUGAUGUUCACGUAGUUGACAGCGUCACACCAGGUGCUAGAGAUACCGCUGCUCCCACCGUAUCACACCUACUUUCCUUGGCAAACAGGCUUGCUGUUCCAGAGUCUGCAGAUGAACUUGUGGAAAAAAACAGUUGUGGAGACUCUAAUACUGCUGAGCAAAUAGAUUGCUUUGAACCCACCACAGUGUUUACUGUGCCAUCAAAAUGGCUGACCAUUGCAGCAGACAAGCCUUCCGAUUGUGCACAAAUUGUGACAAUGCAAACAAAGAAAAAGGAAGCCGUGUUAUCAACUAGCAUAAAAAACAGAUGUCGGCAACCAGUGGUAAAGCCAAAUGUACUGUGCCACAGGCCUUCUAGGAUGAAGCUAGUUUCCUCCAAGGUUAGGAAAAACGUUUCAGUAGCUGAAUGUUCUGCUAACUUACACCAGUCAUCAAACUCUUCUUCUUGUACAGAGUCUGCAAGUGUAGCAGAGGAAACAGCAGACUUGCUUUCAGAGGACAAUCGGCCGGGAGAGCUGGUUUCCCCUCCCAAAGAUCUAGCCGAGCUGUUGAACAUCGUGGGUGCUGACACUAAUUCUGAAAGGAUGGCAUCUGCAAUUAAUGCAUGGAGUUCUGCUCAAGGCAUUGUUAUGAACAGUGAAACACAGCAACUUCCAUCACUGGACACAAACUCUCAAGAUCAAGCAGUGGAGCUGCCUGUACCGAGCUCGCCCAUUGUCAGCAUCGAGGGAGUAAUUCCUGGCAAUGAAGCACAAGUUCUGAAAAUGAUCUACGUAGAGCCAUCUGCUCUCGAGGGUGGUUUGUACGAAACUUUUCAUGAGGUGGUGCCAAAGGCCACGGCAGAGUCUUCGGGUGAGGGAAAUCAGGUUUUUCAGAUACUCUAUGUUUGCACUCCAGCAAAUGCGGAAGCAGGUCAAUGAUGAGUGUUCAGCAACUUAGCAUAUGUUGCAGGUGUUGUGUACAAGCAUACAUAACAUAACAUGUACAUAACACUUAGUGCUUGUGUUUUCCAUCCUAGCUUUGUCCUAACCACGUUAGGAUACCAGCUAUAGAUGUGUCAUCUUAAGAGAGAGAGAAUAGAGGAAGGCAGGAAAGUCAACUAGAUGUGCAUUCAGCUAGCUACCCUGUAGAAGGGGGAGGGAAGAAAGAAAGGAGAGAAAACACUCAGGGUGUGUCCUUCCGGAGGUUCACAUAUAAGCUAGUCAGUCAGUCGCUGAGGUCUGUGACUUCGGGAACUGCUGCACUGCACAAGUCGCUUUCUGAGCUUGCUAUGCAUCUGGCCAAGGUCUAAGGACCUCUGUCACUAAGAAUGAUCGUGAAUCCAAGUAAUAUAGCGCGGUAUAGAGAUGAAGCCGCUAGUCAUCAUAGGGGACAGUUGCAGACAAGAUUUUUUUAGACUUCUCACACUUGCUAUCGUCGCAUGAAGGUGUUCCAUCCAUCCGAACCUUUCAAGAUUGUCUUAGCCUUUCUUUAACAGCGGCACUCGGUUGUUUUCUAUUGUCAUUAAACAAGUGCUGACGUGA